CUGGGUGUGUGCAGGCAGUAGUGCCCGUAGACAGGGGGAGAAAACACCAGCAACAUCGCAACGUGAGUCCAGCUGUGCCUGUCAACUGUCACCUUGUCUGGAAACUUCUUCCAUUGCACAAUCGGGCGCGCUGAGAAUGGGAAACUACCCGAGCUAGUUCCUGAAGAGGACGUUCAUUCAGGGGUGGACUGCCAAAACUGCCAGGUUGAUCCUUAGCCCAGUCAGUCAGUCUGACACAUCAUUGACAUCAAGGGAAGGAUCCAGGACCUCUGUGGAGAUGCAGACCUUCCUAAAAGGCCGUAGAGUCGGCUACUGGCUCAGCGAGAAGAAGAUGAAGAAGCUGAAUUUUCAUGCUUUUGCAGAUUUGUGCAGGAAAAGAGGGAUAGAAGUUAUUCAGUUGGACCUAAGCCAGCCUCUGGAGGAACAGGGUCCCCUGGACGUCAUCAUCCACAAACUGACCGACCUCAUCCUGGAGGCUGACCAGAAUGAUUCCCAGGCUGUGCUGCUGGUUCAAAGAGUGCAGGACUACAUUGAUGCCCACCCUGAGACCAUCAUCUUGGACCCCCUUCCUGCUAUCAGGACUCUACUGGACCGUUGCAAGUCUUACCAGCUAAUCCACAGGAUAGAAAGCUGUAUGCAAGACGAGAGGAUUUGCUCUCCUCCGUUCAUGGUACUCAACACCGAGUGCAGCCCGGAUGUGCUGGAGCAGAUCAGGAAACACGGGCUCACAUUCCCCUUCAUUUGCAAAACUCGAGUGGCUCAUGGAACCAACUCCCAUGAGAUGGCCAUUAUCUUCAGCGAGGAGGACCUAAAGGACGUAAAGCCGCCCUGUGUCAUCCAGAGCUUUAUCAACCACAACGCAGUACUCUACAAGGUGUUUGUGGUGGGCGACUCCUACACGGUGGUGGAGAGACCCUCGCUCAAGAACUUCCCUGCCGGACCCGCAGACAGGAAAGCCAUUUUCUUCAACAGCCACAACGUCUCCAAGCCGGAGUCGUCCUCUGACCUGACCUCGAGGGACAACGUAGAGGGUGUGUCUCAGCCUCCAAGCGACGACGUCAUCCGGGAAGUGUCCAGAUCCUUGCGACAGGCGCUGGGCGUGUCCCUGUUUGGCAUCGACGUCAUCAUCAAUAACCAAACGGGCCAACAUGCCGUCAUCGACGUCAACGCCUUCCCUGGUUACGAGGGCGUGCCCGAGUUCUUCAACGACCUGCUCAACCACAUCAGCGGCGUCCUCCAGAGUCACAGCCCCCACGACUUGAGCGCCCCUGGGCCCGCCUCCACGCCGGCACCAGCCUGCUGCUGCGGCGGCCCGUGGAUCGUGGAGGGGGACGCGGCAGGACUGAAGGGCCCGCGUCAGAGACUGGGCUGCAACUCGCCGAUGUCACCCAACUUCCAACAGCACUGUGUGUCCACGAUAGCCACCAAGGCGUCCUCCCAGUGACUCCCCAUGAGGAAAAACGAUGACAAUAACAAUGAAUAAUAAUCAUAAUAAUUAUGAUGUUAAUGGUAAUAUAUCUAAUCAGAAUCUUUUCCUUUGUAGUUUUUGCAAAUGAUGGUGAUUGGGUGUAAAGCUUUCUUUUCUCUCAUGGCCUUUUUGUAUUGUUGGUUGUCUAAUGAGACUUUAACUGUAAUGUGAACCUGAUUUGUAUUUGCUGCAGUAUGGGUCCAUCCAGCCCAGGUUGUUAUGGGGAGCAAUCACAUUCUUCAACGGGGAGGUGUUUGUGAGACAUGCCACAAGCCGUGCAAUGUAUGAUUGAGCCCUGUGUGUGCGUGUGUGUUCAACUGCCUCCUGCACAAAGUGUAGGGGUUGGUUUGAAUGAAGAGACAAGCUGUUUGCGAGUGCCAUCACUUUGACUCUGAACAGCUGAAAAGAAAAACCUCCACGUGACCAACAGGAAGACACAUUCCGUCUGUUUCCCCACUUAGCAGAUUCCAUGAUGAGAUUACUCUCAGCAGUUCGCUUUAUUUUUUAUUUUUUUUGUCGUUUUCUUGUCUGCUAACUAACUGCUCUCCCGUUGACCCGAUCAACUCUAUUUUUGUUCAUAAGACCAUCAUUUAUUCCUUUUUUUUUUAACAAUACCCAACGAUUUAAGAAACUAACAUGAUCAUUGACUGGACUUGAUGUUCCUCCCACACACAACACUCUAGCUGCAGUUGAAUGGAAUUGUCUGCUGCUGUAAUGGACUUCAACUAGACUCACUAGAAUGAAAUAGAUGUGACUUUAAUGAACAGAAAGUUGUAUUAUAUCCGUUCAACAACAUACAAUUAUAAUUAGGAAUUAAAGUCACCCCUCGUGUGGGAAGUUUGA